AUGGCAUGGGUCGAUGAAGAAAUCUCCGUCUUUCUGGCCAAGCAUGAAUUUGGCUCGGAGUGCUACCGAUUUACUAGGCACUCAUCGCUCGAUUCCAAACAACAGCCGCAAAGCGGUGCUGCUGGUGGCGCCAUAAUUUUCAAUGGGAAAGUUAUGUUACUCGGCUCUGACAAUUUCUUGAGGGCGCCCAAAGAAAGAGAAUCUGAACUACUGCUCCUAAAGGAUUGUUCAAACGAUAACGAAAAUGACGAGAGUGAUAGUGAUAAUUAUGAACGCAACGAUGGCGACGAUAAUGACGAUACUGCUAUAAGACUUUUUAAAUCGAUGAGGUCGCAAGAGAGGCGACGGAAAUCUUCAAAAGCGGUCGAUCAACUUUACGCAAGAGGAGAACUCCGUGGGCUAUUAAUUGGCAAAACUAAGCCAGUUCUUCGGGAUCAUAGACUUUGGUACGCCCUUUUCGAAAUGGAUUUAGUUUCCUGCUCAGACUCGUUAUACAAUGAUGCAAUUCCGCUGGACGAUCUUAGUCGAAUUGAGCCUGGUGCCCGGGAAACAGAUGUUAUGACUGUAACUCCAAACGGUGGGGUUGUUUACGGGCAGUUGUAUGCCGCGGAAUUCGCCAACCCUAUCAUCUUUGGAGACGGCGGAUGUUGGGUCAGAGACAGAACGACCGGCCGCCUCUUCGGACAUAUAAUAGGUCAAUGCUCUAAUCUCUCUGCCAAUACUCUCAUUAUGCCCGCUAAAGAUGUCUUCGAACAUGCUCUCACCAAGUUACAGGAAAGAAAGCACAAGAAUCAGUUGCAUGAAGUGCAAGCUGGCAAAGACGGGCAAAUCCUCAUUAAGGUUGGGGGCGCAAGUGCGGGCUCUGAGGGCGGCUCGGUGGGUAUGGACUGUGGCAACAAGUGA